AUGGCACUCGGUGGUGGCGCGGAAUUGGCAAUGAUGUGUGAUAUUGUGUAUUGCGGUGACGAUGCCUUGUUCGGCCAGCCUGAAAUUAUCAUUGGUACUAUUCCGGGCGCCGGAGCAACCCAGCGCAUGCCAAGAGUGGCUGGCAAAUCAUUUACCAUGGAAACGAUCCUCACCGGAAAUCGAUAUAAUGCUUUUGAAGCGAAACGUAACGGAAUUGUGAGUAAGAUAUUUCCACGCGAAAAUCUUGUUGAAGAAAGUAUUAAGACGGCAGAGAGAAUUGCACGACAUUGUUCCAUUUCGGUUCUAAAAACUAAGCAGGUCAUAAAACGUGCUUACGAGAUGCCACUUAGAGAAGCAGAAAGAAUCGAUGCUAAAGGCGCUAUUGAUGUUGUUGUUGUCGAACAGCCAAACGGCGAAUACAAAUCGACCCCAUUCCAUGUUCGUUUUGGAAAAUACGGAGUUUUCAGUUACAAUGACAAGUAUGUUGAUAUCUCGGUAAACGGGUACGAACUCGAUCUGAAAAUGAAACUCGCUGAUAGCGGCGUUGCUUUUUUCGUUGAAGAGACUGAUGAGACGGUUCCCGAUUAUUUGCUGACCUCGCCACUUCCCGAAAAAGAGACAACGGCACACAGCAAUUCAGAUAUCGAUAAGACACUUGCCGACAAAACGCUCGCCGAAACUGUCCAAAAAUUAGAACAUCAAUCGGCCGAAUAUGAACGCGAAAACGAUAAUCUUGAAGAGAAAAGCCGCUCAUCGAGUCCCGACGGCGGGCAGGGAAAAGCGAGAGAGCCGAAACAAGAACAAUCGUUGAGUCAGGUUCAAAGAAAACAUACACUUCCGCUUCAAAGUUCGGUAUUCAGUGAUCGCCGUUACAGAUCUCUCCCCGAUUUGACUGUUUUGGACGACGACGGAUUGCAAGGUGAACACGAUAAAUACGAAAACAACCGAGCGAAGGAAAGUGAAGACGUGCCAAAAAAUAAAAAACCUCGUCCUUUCCUUCAUUCUCAUUCGCAAUGCUCAAACUUGGAUAGAAAAAUGGCUCACAAAUCAAAUGAUGAGAUAAUUAAUUCUCUUCGUCGCGAGACCCAUGACUUUGAUAGAAAAUUUCCGUCACGCAAGAAGAGCCGUGUCACGUUCGUGACUCCGGUUCGCUCGAAGCCGAUUGCCAUAAUGACAACCGAAUACAACGAUUCUGAAUCAGAAUUUGACUCGUCGGUUGCUUCAUCUGUUAAUUCUUCGCCAUCUCCGUCCCUUGUUGAUCAACGCGAGAUUGAUAGGAUUGCAGAUGGAGCACUCUCAGACUCAGAGAUUGACAGGCAACGAGACAGAAAUUCUACCCCCGAAGCUCAUGAUGUAACUGAUUGGAAAUGGGGAGAAUUGCCAGAAACGCGCGAAACAAAUAAUAAGAGACAAGCGCCGAAAUCACAAAUUUGGAGUUGGAAGUUUUGGUCAUCGCGAUCGAAUGAACACGGUGAACCGGCGUAUGAGGAACAAGAGCAAGGAAUUACUCUAGAGGAGCUUGAAAAAGCCACUUCUGAUCCAAUCAACAUGGAGAAGUAUUUAGGAAAACCACAGAGCGUAGCUUCCUUUGAUAGCGGUCACGUUUCCAGAGGUGUUUCACAGCCGUCGUCGCCGGUUUCAACACAUAAUGACUACAUUGGAGAGCCAUCGUCAAGCACGGAAAAGACGCCAACAAAAGAAUCGAUGCAAAUGAAUGAUUUUGAGGAAAAAGGACAUCGCUGCAGAGCUUCCAGUGAUUUAGCUUUGAGCGAAGAUGAACUUGAAGAAAAAAUUCAAAAUGGUCAAAAAUAUAUGCAGUCGCUUCGUUUGUCAUCAGAUAAACUCAAAUCUUUAAAUUUGGUUCAUGGUGCAAAUGAAUGCCGUUUCUCAAUAACUACUAAAUAUCAGGGAACUACGUGGUGUAGCUGCAACAUAUAUUUGUACAAAUGGUAUGAACAACUUGUGAUAUCUGAUAUUGACGGAACUAUAACCAAGAGUGAUGUUCUUGGACAUGUGAUUCCAGCGAUUGGGGGAACAUGGGCGCAUGCUGGUGUCGCCGAGCUGUACACUAGAAUUAAAAACAAUGGGUAUAAAAUGGUAUAUCUCUCUUCCCGUGCGAUCGGUCAAAGUCAUACAACAAAGCAAUACUUGAAAAGUGUUGCACAGGACUCAAAACAGUUGCCAGAUGGGCCAGUGCUUUUGUCACCUACGAGUAUUUUGACUGCGUUCCGAAGAGAAGUCAUUGAAAGACGGCCAGAAGAGUUCAAAAUUGCUGCUCUUGCGGAUCUAAAACAACUGUUUCCCACGGGAAAUCCAUAUUAUGCUGGUUUCGGAAAUCGUGAAACGGACGUGGUGUCCUAUCGUGCUGUAAAAGUUCCACCGGCGCGAAUUUUGAUUAUUGAUUCCAGUGGACGUGUGAAACGCGCGGAUUCGGUUGGAAUCAUUAGCAGUUAUAAGACAAUGGCUAAUGAGACUGUCGAUUACUUAUUUCCACCACUUUCGAUUCAUGUCCGAGAUGACGUGAAAAAAACCGAAAGACUUGCAUCCGCAUGGAGCAAACCUCUCGAGCAUAGUGAUUUCACUCAUUGGAAAGUUGCGACUGAGAAAGAUGUGAUUGAUAUUGAUGAUGAAGAGCUGAAGGCGUACGAAGAGAAACGAAAAAUCUCAAUGUUAACGGCGAAGAAGAAAUGA